AUGUCUGAAGAAGAGAAAGCCACCAGUACUGCGCCAGUUAUCCUGGGUGAAGACGGUCAGCCAUUGUCCAAGAAAGCUCUGAAAAAGCUGCAGAAAGAGCAAGAAAAACAGAAGAAGAAGGCGGAAAAGGCACGCCAGUUGCAGCUAGAGAAGGAGGAACGUGAAAGAGAGGCUGCUGCUUCAGACACGGCCAAGGACAACUAUGGUAAGUUACCAUUGAUUCAAUCUGCUACGAGGACCGGUGAACCAAGGAUCAAAUUCCACGAUUUGGACGAGGCAAAGGAUGACAACAAAGAGAUUCUAUUCAGAGCUCGUGUGCAUAAUACGAGGCAGCAAGCUGCCACUUUGGCUUUCUUGACUUUGAGACAGCAAAGCGAAUUGAUCCAAGCGCUUGUCAAGGUUAACAAGGAGGGCACCGUCUCGAAGCAGAUGGUUAAAUGGGCUGGUUCCUUGAACUUGGAAUCGAUCGUUUUGGUUCGCGGUGUUGUUAGAAAGGUCGAAGAACCAGUCAAGUCUGCCACUGUGCAGAACUUGGAGAUCCACGUCAGUCAGAUUCACUCGAUUUCCGAAACACCAGAGAGCUUACCCAUCCUUUUGGAAGACGCAUCUCGUUCUGAGGCUGAGGCAGAGGCUGCUGGGUUGCCAGUGGUUAACCUGGACACCAGACUAGACUCUAGAGUGAUAGAUUUGAGAACCGUUACAAAUCAGGCGAUCUUCAGGAUCCAAUCCGGCGUUUGCUCUUUGUUCAGAGAAUUUUUGACCAAUAAAUCGUUCACCGAGGUGCACACACCAAAAUUGUUGGGUGCUCCGAGUGAAGGUGGCGCCAGUGUCUUUGAAGUCUCGUAUUUCAAGGGUAAGGCUUACCUGGCGCAAUCUCCACAAUUCCACAAGCAGCAACUUAUGGUAGCCGAUUUCGAGAGGGUUUUCGAAAUUGCACCAGUCUUCAGGGCCGAAAACUCAAACACCCAUCGUCAUAUGACCGAAUUCACAGGUCUCGACCUGGAGAUGACAUUCGAAGAGCACUACCACGAAGUCCUGGACCAACUCAGCGACUUGUUUGUCUUCAUCUUUGGUGAACUGAAGACAAGAUACUCCAAGGAGAUUGAAUUGGUUCGCAAACAAUAUCCAGUGGAAGAUUUCAAAUUGCCAGAAGACGGUAAGAUGGUUCGCAUCCAAUACAAAGAGGGUAUCGCCAUGUUGAGAGAAGCCGGUAAGGAAAUCGGUGAUUUUGAUGACUUGAGUACCGAGAAUGAAAAAUUGCUUGGUAAGCUGGUCAGAGAAAAAUACGAAACAGACUUCUACAUCCUGGACAAGUUCCCAUUGGCAAUCCGUCCAUUCUACACCAUGCCCGACCCCGAGGAUCCUCGCUACUCGAACUCGUACGAUUUCUUCAUGAGAGGCGAAGAAAUCCUGUCGGGCGCCCAGCGUAUCCAUGACCACGAGCUGCUGCAAGAGAGGAUGAAAGAACACGGUUUGUCGCCAGAGGAUCCUGGCCUCAAGGACUACUGUGACGCGUUUACCUACGGGUGCGCUCCCCAUGCAGGUGGUGGUAUCGGUCUAGAGAGAGUCGUGAUGUUCUUCCUAGACCUCAAAAACAUCAGAAGAGCCUCUUUGUUCCCAAGAGAUCCAAAGAGAUUGAGACCAUAG